ACUCACAAUAUUGCUGCUUUUGUCGCCCUUUAUCAUCUGCUCAGCGCUGCAGACACACGUGGACUCAGAGGCAUCCAUGUCGCUGGGGACAACGAGCUGAUCCUGCGAGUACUUAAAACUCGAGCGCCACCAAAAGCAAGACGACUACAAAUGUGGUUUCUUAAGUGCAGACGUACCGCGGACAGAGUGCGAGUCGCGUCAUGGACACUCUUGAGCAAGUCGGGGAACGCUGCAGCGCGCACCCUGGCC